AUGAAUAAAGGGAAUGAGUCUGCAGCCAUGGACUUCGUCCUCUUGGGCCUCUUCCCUGGUCUGAAACAUAGCCACUUCCUUGUGUCUGCUAUCCUCCUGCUCUAUGGUGUGGCCCUCACUGUGAACUCCACGCUUAUUCUUCUGAUUUGGGUGGACUCCCACCUCCACAUGCCCAUGUAUCUCCUGCUCAGCCAGCUGGCUCUCAUGGACCUGACAUUAAUCUCUAGCACCGUACCCAAAAUGGCAACUGACUUCUUUUCAGGGAAGAGAAACAUCUCACACGUGGCUUGUGGGACUCAGAUCUUCUUCUUUCUGACUCUGGGAAUCGCGGAGUGUAUCCUCAUCACCCUCAUGGCCUAUGACCGGUACGUGGCCAUCUGCAACCCUCUCAGAUAUGCCCUCAUUAUGAGCCAGAAGGUCUGCCUGCAGAUGGCUGCCGUCUCCUGGGCUGGAGGCGCCCUUACCUCUCUCGCACACACAGCCUACGCCAUGCACUUCCCCAUCUGUGGUUCCAGAGAGGUUGCCCACUUCCUCUGUGAGGUCAUGGCCAUCCUAAAGCUGGUCUGUGAAGAUAUCUCUGCCUAUGAGAAGGCUGUGCUAGUGACGAGCACCGUGGUUCUCCUCCUUCCACUCUCCUUCAUCCUGACCUCCUAUUCUCUCAUCUUCCUUGCUGUUCACCGAAUCAGUUCCACUCAGGGUAGGAACAAAGCCCUGACUACUUGCUCCUCCCACCUCACAGUGGUCAGCCUCUACUUUGGUCCAGCCAUGCUGGUCUACAUGAGACCUACUUCCUACCACACACCCAUGCUGGAUCAGGUCCUCUUCAUGCUUGGUGCCAUCCUCACCCCCACAAUGAACCCCCUCAUCUACACUCUAAGGAACAAAGAGGUGGUGUGCGCUCUGAAUAAGCUCUUGCGAGAGUGCCUAACCUCAAGUUAG